AUGUCAUAAGUGAUAUUUCAAUAAAAUGAGAUUGCCUAUUUAAGAUUAAUGGAUGAAUUUAACACUGCCUAUCAAUAAUAUUCACUUACAUAAUCUAAAGUGAGUACUUUGGAGAAGUUGAAAUCUAAAUUACAAUAAGCAGAAUAAAAAGUAUGGAUGGAUAUCUAUGUUUUAAGUUAAAAUUUAUGUAAAUUGAAUUCAAAUCAUGUGAAUCAACAUUGAAGGCUGAAUUAACACCAAAAAUGAAGUAGCAUUAAAUGAAUUAUGCAAAUUCUUAAUAGAAAUUGAAAUCCAUUGAAUAAUCAAAAUCUGUUGAAUAGACUCAACCAUCAUUUAAUUUAGAUACUAGAAAGAGAAUAGAAAAUAAUACAAAUCAAUUAGAAACAUAAACAAAUUAAUUAGAGAAUUACAAUAAAACAUUAACAAAUACAGUUGAAUUAUAAGAUGGAAUUAUGGUUGAUCUUAAAAAAUAGAAAGAGAAAUUAUUGAUAGCUUAAGAAGAUGUAUUAUAAUAUAUUAAAAUUAUUAAGACAAAUAUAAUUAGAUCAGAUGUAAAAGAGACUGGUAGAUAUGUUAGAAUAAUGUAAAAUAGAGAGCUCUUUAGUAAAGUAUUGAAAUUAGGAUUGAUUGGAGUGUUGACAUUAGGGAAUAUACUUUUGAUAUACUAUAAAAUAUGA